CGCCACGAUUUUGUUGCUCGAAGUAUCCAAGUGAUUUGCCAGUAGAUGUCUUGCUUUGACUGCUUUCUUUCAAUAACAGCUGUUAAAAUCUUCUUUCAAGGAGUAUGGCCCUCAUUAACCGGUGGAUGGUAUUACGAAUCGUCUGAUUCCACAUUCUGUAAUACUGUCCAUCUGUGUCUAUGGCUGCUUUUUUUGGUUGUGCCGUUAAUGAUAGGGCUCGUCACGUCCGGCACACUUUCGCUAUGGCUAUCUAUCGGAUAUACUUGUUUCAUUGGCAUUCUGUUUGCAAUAUUAAAAGCUAUUGUCUCACAUCUUCAUGUUACUUUUGAUCGUUCCGAACCAAAAGCCAGCUCGGAUUUGCAUGAUACUUCAAUUGAACUUAAUCUUGAUAACAUAGAAUAUGGGAACGAUGCUACAGAUACAGUUGAGUUAGGUGGUGUUCGAAGAAGCAACACUGAUGAAACGAUUAAUCACCUCCCAAGGUUGACGGAUGACAGCGAUGAUGAUACGCAUGACGAAAUUCUCGAAACGCAAGUCAGAGUUGUAAUUGUGGAAACUCUGAACAAGGACAGCGACAUUCCACUGCCUGUUGAAGAAAAUCAUGUGGAUAUAACAGCAGAGAUAAAGACUUCUCUCGCAGAGUUGGACCCUUCGGAAUCAUCAAGUAUACCAGAAAGGCGGAGAAAUGGAACAAAAAGUGAGCAGUCUUUUGAUUCUGCAAUCUUAGAAGCAAAACCGCUGCAGAGCUCUCCGGGUUUGACUCGAAAAGAUGAUUCGAUCAUGCCUGAGUCCACUUAUAUCAGCAGUGAGAAUGAGAGUCCUCUGCAAUCUGCAACAACUAUCUCCUUAACAAACGUUGAAGCUACCAGACAACAAACGGAAUCGUCUGCAAUACCAGCCACUCCCGAUCAAACAGAUGGCUUACCAGUUGAAGAGGGCGGGUCCCACAUAGCAUCAAAUCAGUCUGCCGCAAGCAAUUUGGUGAGCCGAGAGGGAAGAACAAGAGUGGAAAGCGCACCACCUGCGUGCCAGCGCAAUGCGACAUCUUCCGGAUCAAAUAGAAUGGCUUCGAACGCUCGUUUCUUUUCUGAACAUGGUCUCGCGUUACUCCCAGAUGAAAGAAACUUAUCAUCUUACCUUGGACAUCGCCUUCGUGAAAAUAUAAAUAACUACAGAAAUGAAAUUUCGCGGUUCAAGGGAAAUGGGCAAUUCAAGUUCGAUCGACUUGCACUAUCUGCACUCUUCGAUAGAAACAGCUCUUUGUGGUCAUGUGCAUUCGAUGUUCUCUUAGCGUGCACGGUAUCGUUUCUAGCUGGUCUGGUUUCAACUGCAGGCAUCUACUCAGAUAUAUGGCUGUUCCUGCUGGCUUUCACUGUUGCUGGUGCUCAUUUUUCGAUUCUCAAAAGCGUCCAACCCGAUGCAUCAUCGCCCAUGCAUGGCUUCAACUGGAUCGCUGCCUAUAGCCGUCCCUUAUAUUUUUGUUUACUGGCAGGCACAGUUUUAGUGCUGCAUUAUUUUUGUGGUGGUUCCAGUACGGACGAAUUAGCUCGCUGGAAUGCUUCUAGGCUGUGCUCAACUUCUGGAAAAAUGUCUGUCUUGACAGUUCAUGGUCUUUUUGCUACACUUUUGGUUUUGCUACCGGUUGCACAUGCAAUGGGGUGGCUUCCGCAGGCGAACACUCUCGUGCAUCAUGUGUUAGAACAAUUUGAGAUGCACGUGUUUGGUGGAACGGCUUCUCUCGGUGUAUUAAGUGCUCUUCUACAGGUUUUGAAAAGCAUAAUUGCUUGGGCAAUCUUGGGGGGAUUAUGCCAUUUGGCUUAUUCUACCAAUCCCGAUGAUACACAAACACCAGCAUUUUCUGCUUUUCUCUCUGCGGCUGUCGCAAUUUCAUAUUUACUGAGCAGAAUUUCAUCUAACCUCCGAUUAUCUAUCAUAUUGCUCCGAGCCACAUGCCCUUCCAUGAAACGACGUAAUAAUUCUGAAAGCACCAGUCGUCUCUGUUGCGCCUCCUCGAAAGAACAGGAUGAAGAUGAACUGGAUUCGCUGGAUCCACUACCCGGACCUCUCAAGAAUGCUAUACUUUUGCAGGCAAAGCAUGACCUGCUGUUUUCUGUCCUGCUGUUUUUACUCACCUUUGGUCUGCAUUCCACCUCGUUGUUUUCAUCUGCACGGCCUUAUUUCACGGUUGUUAUUGUUUCGCUAUGUAUAGCUUUUGGCAUCAUCAACCACUAUAUAUACGGACAGCUAAGGACUCACACGCCUUUGAAAAUGAUUGCGAAACCUAUCCUCCGCUCCAAACAAUACACAAAGUAUGAAAGUUCCGAUGAAGCCGAAGUUACGAAUUUCGAAAUAGUUCACGUGUGGAUGCUUGCGCUUGAAAGGAAUGUGCUUUAUCCCCUAAUGACCAUGGCAAUGCUCACAGAGAGUGGAUGGCAUUUACCUUGGGCGAGUAUUGUAGCACCACUUAUUGGGCUUCGUCUCUUGCGUGGGGGUUUUUCUCAUCCUCAGCUUCUCUAUGCCCCGUUGGCUGUCGCAUUUACGCUGGCUCGUUUUGACUGGAGAGAAGGUCUACCAUUUGGCCUUUAUGAUAAGAUACCAUCUGCUGCAGCAUUUCCGCUUGCACUUUAUGUGUGUGUUAUACUGUAUCCGAAAUGUAUGGAGCUCUAUUUGAAGCUGCGUUUUAUCAUGGUAUAUGCCGCACCAUGGCAAUACAAACGCGCAAAUCGUGUAUUCCCGUUUCUCACUGCGCCACUCGGAUUACCUCAUUCUGCUCUUCUCUGCGCGGAGAUGGUUGUUUCGAGUAUUUUAAGUGCACCGUUGAUCCCGUUUCUAGGUUCAUCUCUCUUCAUCGCAUCAUACGCUCGUCCAGUGAAGUUCUGGGAACGAGGUUACAAUACAAGGCACAACGAUGCAUCAAACACUACAAUGGCAUGGCAAGUCGAUCGUGAAGUGCAGGACGACAGCAAUCUGAAUGCGGUAUUUUAUGAGCAUUUGACCAGGAGUCUGCAGAAGAGUUUGGCUGGUGAUUUGCAAAUGGGUAGGUGGGCAACGAGUGUCCAGCCGGGUGACUAUUUCAUACUCACAUGCUUUAAUCUGAAUUGCCUGGUGCACAUAAUCGAAGUGGGAAAUGGAUUCAUCACUUUUCAGCUUAGAGGGCUUGAAUUUCGUGGUACCUUCUGCCAUCAACGUGAGCUUGAACAGAUAUCUGUUGAUCAAACGGGAACUGGAUGCUGCUGUUGCGUACCCUUGGCUAAACUACUGUCGGUCAAAGAUGCUUGGAACCUACGGUGGUUAGCAUGGGAGGUCGUCAGUGGGAAGUACAUCAUUGAAGGAUACUCGGUGACAGACAAUGCACUCGUAAACGUGUGGCAAGUGAAUGAAUACCGUCGACUUUAUGUUACACUUUAUGUGAAAUGCAUAAUCUAUUAUGCAGUUAAUUCAAGCAAACUCGAGAGUUGGCUGUCCAAUGAGAGUGUGAGCGCUACAUUAGAACCAGUUGCGUCAAAUUCUCAGUAUAAGGACUUGGACAAUCUUUUUUGUACUACAAUCGAUGAGGAUUAUGAUAUAAAGAAAAUGGGCAUCUCUCGAAGCAGCUUUACGGAGUGCUAUUCGUCAUGGAUUAGCCAUUGUCUAUGUAAGCGUGGCCAAUUGAAUGCGAAUGAAAAAUUAAACACCGAUUAUGUCACUUGCUUGUGUUUUGUACUGUCCCUUCUUGGCAGGCGAGCGCUUGGGGCAGCGUCACGUAACCGCUACUCCAAUGCUGCUGAAGCAUUCCUUUGCGGAUUGCAUGCAUUGUUCAAAGGUGACUUCAGGGUCACUUGUCAACGUGACGAAUGGGUGUUUGCUGACAUAGAACUAGUACGAUGUGUUAUUUUGAAGGCAGUAAAAAUGGCACUAAGAUUACAUCAGGACCAUUUCGUAGCACCCGAUGAACUCGAAGAGUCGGAGUCGUUAUACAAUCUCAUAGUCGAUCAUGAAAGCAAUAUUUUUAUCUCCCAUGAGCACGAUCCUGCAUGGCGCGAUGCAAUCAUCGCAAACACUCCAUCUUUGUUAACUUUGCGGCACAUUCACGAGGAAAGCCAGGACGACUACAAGAUUAUAAUGUUGACGAAAAUGCAGCUAAACAUGAGAGUGAUCAAGUUGAAUCGGGAAUGUGUGAGAUCAUUUUGGGCUGGGCAGCAACAAGAGCUAAUCUUUUUGAGAAAUACAAAUCGCGAGCGAGAAAGUAUUCAAAACUAUAGACAGGUACUAAGAAAUUUGAUCAACAGCUCAGCUGAUCAGCCAAUCGGAUAUCCUAUUUAUGUUUCACCUUUGACAACAUCAUUCGCUUCGACUCAUCCUCAGAUAGAGCGUAUCGUUGGGCCGUUCACUGUUAUGGGUAUCGCCUCGACCAUCAGAAAAGCUUGGAGAGCAUUGUGUGCUCAUUUACAAUCUAGUGGAUCAUCUUCAGAGCAUUUUUAGUCACACAAAUGAAGUAUUUUGUUCUUGGCAUCAAACUACUACGCUCGUAUUUUUUGAAGAAACGACGCGAAGUGGCGCGAUUUAUGUAUUAUCAGUGGCCAUCUUUCGCUUCAAAGUGGACGAAUUUUAAUCCAAGAGUACCAUUCGACUCUGCUCGGCGCGGCGCACCUUUUGAUAUAUAAGUGCCCGCCUAGACAAGUAGGAGGCCAGAUUUCACGAAUCGGUUCAGAUUAUUACUUACGGUAGGUUAUUCAG